AUGGGUCGAGCUCGAAAGCGUACGAUGGACAUGAUUCGAUUGGUUAAAGGUUUAUCCCGUAAUGGCGGGAUGCGUCGACCAUCUUGGGUGUCAAUGGUUGACCGUUUUCCACCCCCACCAAUUCCACGUCAAGACCGUGACAAACUUCCAGUAAUUACGUUCCCACAGGACCGUCUAGCUGAACUCUAUCUAAAGCAGCGUGACGGUAUCGUAGAUGGACAAACUGCGUAUGAAUUUGCCGAUGAACAAUUGACACUUAUUGAACAUGGGAUUCCAGAAGAAGAUGCAUUUAAUAUGCUCAUUGAAAAGUACGAUCAAGUCGAAAGUCAUCGGUUUCUUGAAAAGUUUUCCAAGAUGCGAGGUAUUGAAUUUGCUGAUCCUGCCGAGUACGAUGAUAUUGAAAAGGGAUGGGUGGAUGCAGAAAGUCGUGCUAUUAAAGAAGCCAUGCGUCUCGAGCACGAGGAAGAAGAAGCGCUACGGAAAAUUACCGAGACAAUGGAAGUGCUCACGAAACUCUUAUCAUGA